AUGCGCAUCUUCCUUGUGACAAGUGCUAUUUGUGUUUUGGUGUUAUUUACAGGUAUUACUGCCGAUUCUAAUGCCGCAGCUUUUGCAAAAUGCCGAGCUAUCAAUAAAAAAGUGCACCUCUUUUUAAAUGAAUUUACAAAACUGGCAAAGAAACUUAAUCCUCAUUUAUUGAUUGGUUACAAUGUUCAGACAGUCAACGAUUCGAAUUACGUUCGUGGGUUCUUGUAUGGAGCUGGUUAUUCAACACCUAAAGAUGAACAUCCGGGAACAGUUUAUAGUGACACGGCCAAUCUUCAACUGAUCAAUCAACAAAAAGUCAUUCAAGGUAAAGACAACAACUUUUUAGCUGUACCGUUUAAACAACUGAACAAUCAAACAAUCUUUUAUACUGCACAAUCAUCACCGAAUAGCAAUACCGCAGAACUGGAUCCCUCGACAACAACAAGCUAUGCCAUUGCUCUGAUGAUCGAGCAAGUGCGCAAAUUUUACGAGAUUGAUGCAAAAGCUGUCUAUUCAUAUUUUGUCAAGGACAUAUCCAUCAACCAGUACAUCCGAGUUUUCACAACAACUCCAGACAUAAACGGGCAUUAUGCUACGGGAGAAUCACUAAGUCAGACAGUAGCCUCUGUGAUGGACGCUGGCAAAGUAUAUAAGGGAAAAGUUGUACUAUUUGGAAAAAACUACAUUGCUGUCUAUAGAACAUAUAAUAGCUUCUCAACAAAAGUUGUAAUUGGUUCGGCGGUGUUAGCCUAA